AACCACUUCCGGCCGUUAGCACGUGGUUGUGGAGGACUCCUCAAAGGCCUUCGUGAUGGCUUCUCGGUAUGACAGGGCAAUCACCGUCUUCUCCCCGGAUGGACACCUUUUCCAAGUGGAGUAUGCCCAGGAGGCGGUGAAGAAAGGCUCCACCGCGGUUGGAAUUCGAGGAACUAAUAUAGUUGUGCUUGGGGUAGAAAAAAAAUCAGUGGCCAAGCUUCAGGAUGAAAGAACUGUGAGGAAAAUCUGUGCCCUUGAUGACCAUGUCUGCAUGGCUUUUGCAGGCCUCACAGCUGAUGCCAGAGUAGUAAUCAACAGGGCACGGGUGGAGUGCCAGAGCCAUAAGCUUACAGUGGAGGACCCAGUCACUGUGGAGUAUAUAACUCGCUUCAUAGCGACACUAAAGCAGAAAUAUACCCAGAGCAAUGGACGAAGACCUUUUGGUAUUUCAGCCUUAAUUGUAGGAUUUGAUGAUGAUGGUAUCCCAAGAUUGUAUCAGACUGAUCCCUCUGGUACUUACCAUGCUUGGAAAGCAAAUGCAAUAGGCCGGAGUGCUAAAACUGUCCGGGAAUUUCUAGAAAAGAAUUACACAGAAGAUGCUAUUUCAAAUGACAGUGAAGCUAUCAAACUAGCAAUAAAAGCUUUGCUUGAAGUUGUCCAAUCUGGUGGAAAGAACAUUGAACUGGCUGUAAUAAGAAGAGAUGAGCCACUGAAGAUGUUUAGUGCCAAAGAAAUUGAAUGGCAGGUAACUGAAAUAGAAAAAGAGAAGGAGGAAGCAGAGAGGAAAAAAUCAAAGAAGUCGUCAGCCUCAACUUAG